AUGGCAUACUCCUCCGAACGGCCAGGGUCUGGCUACGCAGACGACUCGGCCAGCCAGAUCGAACUGCUCCUCGGUGGCGAAGACGAGGGCUCCCCGAAGAGACCCAAGAAGACCGUCUGGACAGCCCAGCGCUGCUAUCGCUGCCUACAGAACCUUCUUCACGACCUGAUACUCCACCAGCGAAGACGGUUCCGCUGCCGAAACUCUUCAAGGACUCACACGCUAUGGCAGUCGUUCAGGUUACUCAGUUACUUGGUUGGUGGUUUUAUCCUCGUCUCGGUGGUGCAGGCCAUCUGUCACCCAUCCUACGAGCGGCCCCCUGAACACUACUCGCGGCUGCAUCAAAAGAUCCUCAGCUCGACUGAAUCCGGGCGCGCGAACCCGGAUAACGAGAAAAUAUUCAUCGCGGCAAACAUCAUCAGGGAAGACUUGAUCAGGGGGCCCUGGGGUGCUUCGCUGCUGGAACUCGUCACCCUGCUGGGAGCGAGGAAUGUCUUCGUGAGCAUAUAUGAAAACGACAGCGGAAAUGCGACUAGUGAGGCGCUUAUGGAGCUCCAGGAUAAACUUCCAUGUAAUUCAUCGGUUGUUGCCGGGGACCAUCUUCGCCUCUCUGAUCUGCCCAAGACUACCGCGCCUGGCGGCAAGAAGCGUAUAAAGAGAAUUGCGUACCUGGCCGAAGUUCGAAAUCGGGCGCUCAGGCCUUUGAAUUCUUCCUACACCCCUGACUCGACAGAGCCAUCAGAAAGAGGAUUCCGCCAUACGACGGAGCAAUUCGAUCGUGUGCUCUUUUUAAAUGACAUCUAUUUUUCAGCCACAGAUGCUGCCCAGCUAUUAUUCUCUACUAAUGCUGAAAAGACGGGUCGUCCAGACUAUCGCGCAGCAUGUGCCAUCGACUUUACCGCCAAUGUGAUGUUUUACGAUACCUUUGUCGUGAGAGACAUGGAGGGCUACGGCAUGGGCCUAAUGUUCUUCCCUUGGUUCCCGGCGGUUGGAAAGAGCGAAAGCCGGCAAGAUGUCCUCGCUGAAAAAGACGCGGUCCGAGUUCGCAGUUGCUGGGGAGGCAUGGUAGCAUUUGACGCUCAAAUUUUCCAGAGCAAAAAUUCGAAUAAUCAGUCAGAGCUCGCCAUCACCUUUCGACAUGAGCCAGAGCCGUUCUGGGAAGCUGCUGAGUGCUGCCUGAUUUUCGCUGAUACGGAGACCGGGUCUCCAGCUGGCGUCUAUAUUAAUCCUUUCAUUCGAGUCGCAUAUACAGAGAACACUUGGAUCUGGCUUGGUUUUUUCCGGAGGUAUGAGCGGAUAUUUGCCAAUUUACAAUGGAUUGUGAGUAAAAUCGGUUAUCCUGAAUAUAACCCUCGCAGGCUGCACAACCCCGGCCAAGUGGUCAAAGAGAAAGUAUGGGUUAACGGUGAGGAUGAGAGCCAACCUGGCUCAUUCCAAAUGCUGGAACGAAGAGCAGGAGCAGGCGGUUUUUGCGGCCAAAGGCGAAUGUUUGUCAUGAAAGAAGACAUCAACGCUGCGAACAAGAAGGGCGAAAAGAACUGGGAGAAAUUACCGGUUCCUUCCCGGUAG